AUGAUUCAAACUAGAUCCGGACUUCCGGCAAAUGAUCCAGACGAUCCAGAUGAAUCGCAAGAACACGAUGCCAUCGAGCCUCAAUCAGGAUCCGAGCGUCCGGCAUUCGGAUCGGAUUGGAUCGCCAGCGUGCUGAAGCAACUCACCCGAGGUCUCGAGAAUACUUUGGGAAUUGAUGUCACGAAUCAUCAUUGGCCACGUGAUCACUGUCACGAAUACGAAAGGGUGACAUCUCCACACAAUUUAUUCGAUCCGAUCCGAUCCGAUCCGAACCAUCCAUCCUCUUCGACGACGUCGAUUGAUGAUGUCGAUGACGAGCUACCACUCACUACUGCCCAUGUCAAUGAAGAAGUCGAUCGUAUGCCGUCACCACCCUCGCUGCCACUGAUGCCGAUACCGUUGUUGAUGACGCUGUCGCAGACCACCACAAGAACCACCAUCCGACACCCACCACCCCACACCACACUCGCUGCCGCUGAAGUCGUUGUCGUUUACGAUGACCGCGCAGACCCUCACCGCCCACACCCACCACCCACGCCAAUCUCGUCGUCUACGAUUAACCUGAAAUUAAUCUCCCCCACUCCCCAAGCCAUCCUCUCAGAGAAUGACGAUGUCGAUGAUGCCGAUGACGUUGGCUGUGCUACCGCGACCUCGCUGCCACUGACGUCGAUACUGUUGUUGAUGACGCCGAAGACAACCACCACCACCACCUACACCCACCACCCACGCCAAUCUCGCUGCCACUGA